AUGUUUGCAGCAGAGGGCGGCAUUUCAGAGCCGGCUCAGGUACUGGUGACCAGCUCGACGAAUGGCUUCCUCGAGUUCAUCCACGACUCGAUCUCCGUCGAUGCCAUGAAGAAACUCUACCCUGGCCGGACGUUGGCAGAGAUCUUCAGAGUGGCUUUUGCCGACAGACUGUUCGAGGCGAAGAAGAACUUCAUUGAAAGCUCGGCGGCGUACUCCCUGGUCGUCUACUUCCUGCAGGUGAAAGACCGUCACAACGGCAACCUCAUGCUGUUGACGAGUGGCCAUGUGGUCCAUAUCGACUUUGGGUUCAUGCUCUCCAACUCGCCCGGCGGGAACAUGGCCUUCGAGAACUCGCCUUUCAAGCUGACGCAGGAGAUCCUGGAUGUCAUGGAUGGCGAAUGUUCGGAGCAGUACGAGUACUUUCGCACGCUGCUCAUUCGCGGCUUUCUGGAAGCGCGGAAGCACAUGGAUCGGAUCGUUUUACAGGUGCGGAUGAUGCUGACUGGCUCGAAGAUGCCCUGCUUCCGAGAGGGGGCAGACUUCGUCCUGUCCACGCUGCAAGACAGGUUCUUUUGCAACCUGACGGAAGAAGCUUGCAUCCUGGCAUUAGCGGAACGUGAUGCGUCGGGGGUAUGGCUGCUGUGUGUUGCGUUGUAG